UGCUCAAUUAAGAAAAACUAUGAAAGUUUUAAGAGAGUGGACAAUCGACGCACCAUGGGGAAAAAUAGCAAUGAUAUCAUGGGGCAACGAGGCAGGCCCUCCAGUGCUGCUGGUACACGGACGGCAGGACAGCGCCGCCACCUUUGUGCCGCUACUACAGUUGUUGCCGGACUCAUAUCAUUAUGUGGCUCUGGACUUGCCUGGACAUGGCCGCUCUGAUCCUUUCCCUGCAGGAUUGGCGCCGACGAGGCUGCACUUCGUAGGCGCCGUGCAGGUGGCCGUGUGGCAUCUGCGCUGGAAGCAGUUCAUCUUCGUGGGGCACUCCAUGGGAUGCGAGGGAGGUCUGUUCUUCAACGCGGUGUACCCUCACCGCAUAUCGAAGCUGGUUCUGCUGGACCCCGGGCCGGCGUUGGCCCGCCUGCAGGUCCACGACCCUCAGGAGUACUUCGCCUCCUUCCACCAGAUAUACUAUGAUAAUUAUGAUAAGUUCGCGCAGAAGAGGAUCUACAGCUCGCAGCGCGCCCUAGAGGCGGUGAUGAAGGCACGCGGCUUCACCGAGCCGCAGGCGCAACUCGCUCUCUCGAGGAACAUGGUACAAGUCGGAGAAGACCUUUAUGAAUUGACCUGGGACCGUCGGCUCCUAUACCUCCCGCCACCAAACUACCCCCCCUCCUACUAUUACCACCUGUUUUACACCCCCACACCUACCCUACUCAUCGCUGCUAAACAGUUCCAGGGCGGUUACACCAAAGGCGUCAAGGACUCACUGAAGCUAAUCAGUGAUUUGGAGAAAAGUCUGAAGAGUUUCACAGUAGUGACGGUAGAGGGCGGGCACGAUGUGCAUUUUACCAAUCCGGAGCGGUUUGUUAAAGUGCUGUGCGAGUUUUUGGAUAGGAAGUUUGAGUGUAAGUCUAAACUGUAGAGGAUAUUACACCAAC